AAAACAACGUAUACGCUAUCUCCCUUUACCGCGGAUUGAUUUGCACCCUACAGUCACCUUUUUCAAACUCAGAGCAGUCCAGAGGUUUCGCAUUCCACUUGUCGAAGAAGACUGAAUUAAGACGUGAGAGGCGAUUAUCAUCACUGAUGUCGCAAAUGCUUCAUUGAAGUGAUUAAUCCGAUAUUAACCAGCUGAUUUUGAGGCUCAAAUGCAUUCGAGAAGACGCCUUGGUAACUGUUAGAAGCUCAUCACAGAAAGGAAAAAAGAAGCGGCUGAUAAAAAUCAACUCGAUAAGUGGAAGUUGAGUGAAACAGCGUCAUAUAUAUGAUAGACGAUAUAGUGUUAAUUCCUUGCCUUUCGGCUUAAAUUCCUUCGGCACUAUGUUUGCUGCCUUGCUAGCUCUAAUCUCCUUUUACAUUGCAAUAAGAGUCAGUCUCAGCGAGGUAUCACGAAGAAUAGCAAAAUUUCGACAGUCGUGGAAGCAAGUAGUAAAGACAGAAAGACUCGAAAUCAUGUCUAAGAAAGAGCUCCCAGCAAGACGACGCACAGGAGUUGUGAAUGGCAUAUCAGCCUUUCAAAAGAAUGCUGAACAUCGAAAGUACACCAAAAGAGAACUAUGUUUACCAUUCUUAGACUCGGGUAGCUUGUUUCAAUCAAGGAACGAAAAUUCAAGUAGUGAAACUGAUGUUGGAAGUUCUUGUCGAAUCUCUGAUGACAACAUACUCAACAUGUUAAAAGUACCUACCGAAAAUCAUAAUGCUUCUAUUUUUGAUCGGUUAUUUCAUCAAAUAUCUUUCAUCCUGCGUAAAGAUGCCAAAGUUUCAUAUCCAGAUGUCUCAGAAAAGGUUUUAUCUGCAGACAGGGUGAAAACUGCUAUUAAAACAUCUGUAAUGGAAGAUUUAAAAGGACAAGAUAUCAAAGAAUCUGGUAUCAUAGCAGCUCAAGUAACUCAUAAGCAAAGAGCCGUUCAUGUUCUUCAUCAAAUGAGAUCUUGCAUUUCAUCUUUCUUAUUGAAAAUUGCUGCUUGGGUUAUGUAUAAGCUUCUUGGGAAAAUGUUGGAUGGUAUUGAAGUGCGCAAAGAUCAAAUAGAAACUCUGAAGAAAGUUGCAGAGGAAAAUGUUCCAAUGAUAUAUCUACCGUUGCAUCGAAGCCAUCUUGAUUAUAUUCUAGUUACUUUUAUUUUAUUCAUGAAUGACCUCAGAGCUCCUCUAGUUGCUGCUGGAAAUAAUUUAAUGAUUCCAUUUUUUGGUGCUCUACUUAGGGGAUUAGGAGCCUUUUUUAUAAAGCGAAAACUGGAUCCUCAAAAUGGACAGAGAGAUUAUGUAUACAGAGCUGUCCUUCAUACAUAUAUGGAAGAAAGUUUAAAAGCUGGUCACAGUUUGGAAUUUUUCAUUGAAGGUGGCAGAUCUCGUACUGGCAAAGCCGUUUUACCUAAAGCAGGAUUACUCUCCAUAGUUGUUGACACAUUAAUGUCAGGUGGCAUAAGAGAUGCAUAUAUAGUACCUAUCGCUAUGAGUUAUGAAAAGCUACUGGAUGGAAAUUUUGUCUCUGAACAGUUGGGUAGACCUAAAGAAAUGGAAAGUUUUUCUUCUGCAAUACAAGGUAUUUGGCGAACUCUCCAUUCAAACUAUGGAACUGUCAGAGUCGACUUUUGUCAGCCGUUUUCUCUAAAGGAUUUCUUAAUUGCUGCAGAAUACUCUUAUAAUUCUCCAGUUAGAACAUUGCAGCCAUGCUUACUUCCUCAAAAUCAGUGCUUUUUUAACCAUAACAUGAAAUCCAGACGCAGAUCCGAGUAUGGUACAGAAGUUGUAUCAGAAGAUCAUAGGCAACUCAUUAAAGAUUGUGCUGACUAUGUAGUGUAUACUGCGUUUAGUGCCUAUUCUGUGAUGUCUACAAAUGCGUUGGCGUUUUUAUUUCUUACAAAACAUAGAAAGGCAACUUCAUUUGACCACUUAGUAAAUAGCAUGGAUUGGAUUAGAGAAGAAAUUGUUAAACGAAAUAAGACCAUUAGUUAUUUUGGUGACUCUGCUGAGAUGAUUAGAAGAUCCACUAAAUUAUUAGGAAAGAAGCUUGUAACUUUAGAUGCAAUAAAAAUGGAUUGGUACUCCAACAAUAACAGGAAAACUGUCUACUAUAAACCGUCGGUAAACUUACCAGAUGUCUUAGAGCUUCAGUACUAUGCAAAUUCUGUUGUCCCAGUUUUUCUACUUGAAAGUAUCAUAGUAAAUGCAAUUUAUUCUUUACUCCCUGAGGAAUCCAGGAAAAAUGCCGAUGAUAGAAAAGAUUAUGUGCUCAGAAAAGAUAUACUAAAAUACUCAUUAGAACUUUCUAGUAUUUUGCAAUAUGAGUUCAUUUUUUCUCCACCUGGGACAGGCAUUUGUACGGUAUUGAAUGCUACUAUAGAUGAUCUACUCGACAAUUCAUUACUUCAUAUAAAAAAAUCAGAUGUAGAUAAAAAUGAUUCACUUAUUCUUAAUGAUUCGAAAAUGGAUGAUUUUUUUGCUUACGGUAAUCAUGCUGAGCUGCAACAAGAAAUAAAGCUAAAUCUAGAUGAUGGUAAUAACACUGUUCAGUUUCUGCAAUGUGUUUUGUCACCUUUCAUAGAAUCUUAUUUCUUAGUUGCUGGUGUGUUAUAUAAACUUAUUGAUUCAGAAAUGGAAGAGACACAAUUACUUCAAGAUAUCAAAAAUCUUGGGCUAAAGAAAAUUCAUUUGGGGCAGAUAUUCCAUGAAGAAUCCCUUGGCUUGGACACUCUGAAAAAUGGUUUGAAACUGUUUGAAAGUUGGAAAAUACUAAAUGUUAGAACUCAUAACUCUCAGAAAAUGUAUAGUUUGCAAUCGUAUUACAAUGAUUUUGCCAAGAUAGAAGAUGUUGUCAACAGGAUAGGAAAGUACAAAAAGUAGCUUGAUGUUUGUGCAAUAUUUUUAUAGUGAUGGAAUAUUUCUGGUAAAAUAUUUCCAAUAAAAUGCUGUUUUGUAUUUUUAAAACAAGAUUUUUCGAUCUUGCCAUCUGAACUUAGAUAGAGGAUCAUGUUGAACAUUGUUUUAUAUAAUUCUACCCUUUUUGAAUUUUUUUACAGUGCUAAAGAACUUGAAAUAUCACAAACUUUACUAUUUUUUAAGAUGAUUUUGAACUGGAAAUGGCUCAUUUACAUUUUAAUAUUUGUGAGUUGUGUGUAUGUGAGUGCAUGUGAAAUGAAUGAAAUGGUUUAUAUGCUAUUUUCUUGUAUCAAGAAUUUAUCUUUUAAAUCUAUUUUUGAAUGUAAAUUUUAAAGUUAUGGAUGUUGCAUUGUAUUAUUUAUUUUAAUAAAAGGGAAAUAAUCUGUUUCAAAAAAAUCCUUUUGUUGUACAGAUAUUCACAUGUAAAUUGUAUUUUUAACAUACAAGAGUAUAUUUUUUAUGUUUUCUUUAAUGUGUCGCAUUAAUAAAAGCAAUUAUAAGAAAACUCUUUUAAAAGAGUUGACAUAGUAAUUGCUUUAGUUUUAUCCCAAAACACGAACUUCUGUGAUACUCACUUGGAAUUUGCUUCGAAUCUUCAAUGAAUUGAAUUGUUUUUUGUUUGUAAAUGGUUUUCUUUUAAAUAAAAGCAUAAAUUGUUUGUAUAAUCUUGUUAUUGGCAGCUAUAGAAUUGUCCUUCUAUUUUCAUUACUUUUUUUGUAUGUCAUACUUUUAUUAUGGCACAAUACAUUUUGAAGGUAGAGAAACAUGUUAUAAAAUUAAUAUGAAAACAUGUUUAAGGUAUUCUUUUCUCAAAAAGUCUCGAAAUUAUUGUUUAUUUAAUCUAUCUAUACUGAAUGUGAUUAAAUUGAACAUUGUUAUAAUGUUAUGAUGCUUUAACUGUUAGUGAAAUUUUCUAUAAUCCUUGAAUCCUUGCUAAAUUUGAAUUCUAUUUCAUCUUUUAAGCAUACCUAUUUUAAUGAAAAAGUUAAAUAUUAAUGAAAAUUUGUAAACAAUCCUUAUAUAUAAAUUACUUGUUAUAAUUUAAUAAAUAAGUGUUGAAUCCAUAUCAAAUAUAUUUUAUAGCAGACCAAUAAGGGUAUUUCAAAUAUAGAUGUACAAAUGCUUGCCAAAAAAUGUCUUGUUAUGUUUAGUCGUUUACAAAAUCUGCCCUAAACAAACCUGAUCAAACCACUUAAAGCCCAGAUUAAUUCCAAGUUUGGAUUUCAGUUCUUUUCUUUUAUAUUAAAAAUACUAAAAUUGAAAUAAAUUUUUAAUUAAAUUUAAAAAGUUAUAAAUGUAUCGGUAACAACCAGUAAAAGUCAUAAUUCAAUUUAUCAUAUUGACCGGUUAUUAUUAAAAAUAACCAAUUAAUCAUAUUAUCGUAACAUAUAUAUUAAAAGAUUCUUAAAAUAUCAAUAAAUAUUUUUGUAUUCAUCGUAUUACUUCGAAGAUAAGUUAAAAGCGAAACAUGGAUUCAAAAUGAGGAUACUUAGACUUCAAAAUUUGUGUACUGGAUGAUAUAAAGCCAGAUGAAAAUUGCUUAGGAUUUUGGGAUUGUUAGAGAAAGCAAAAAGGAAAUAAUAAAAUACUUUCAAUCUUAUAAAAAAACUGAAAUGUAGCAGUCAUAUAGUUACUGUUUACUCAGGAUAAGAAAACAAAUUUUAACAACAAAAGCAGCAUAGAAACGUUUUUUUAAUUUCUGUAACUUCGAUAUUUGCAGAAUUAAGAAACAUAAUAAAUUUAUUACAAUAUUUUGGAGUCCUAUAAUAUUUUGUGUAAUGGUAUAAAAAUACAUGAAACAACAUUUGUGUUCUUUGCAUUUACUUGGGUACAGGAGCUAAUUUUGUCGUAGUAAGAAAAAUAAUCUUUCCCAUUCUUUGAUUUUCAUACUGUAAAAACGAAAAUUCUUUGUACUAUACCUUUUUAUCUGGACUUUUAGAUGGUGCAUUUCAGAGUGUUUUCUUUGGGAGUUAGAAAAUCUUGUUACAGCAUUCAAAUAUUAAAUAACUUUAAGUGUAUUUUAUGUUUGCUGUUAUAUAUUCAAAAAUAAGAUCCUGGAUUA